AUGAAAGUCGCCGCCUCCCCGCUCGUCCUCUUCACGCUCGUCACCACACUGCCCCUCAUGGCAUUCAUCCUCAUCCUGUCGCUCCUCCCCACGCCCAGGUCCGCCCUCGACGCCACACACAGCGCGUUGCGCCACCGUCUCAGAGCGCGCCUGUCCCUGACCGCCAACGACGAGAUGGUGCUGCGGCCGGCGUUUGCGCCGCUGGAGGCGUGGCUGGAUGUCAAUGGGAGGGGUGAGGGGGGGGAGAGGGUGGUGGUGGAGCCGCUGCUGGGCAUGCGGCCGGCGCAUGGGAGGGCUUGA